AUGGAAAACUGUGGUGAAGUGAAGAUUAAAUGGAAUCAUCAUGGUGUUAAACACAGAUUCAGCAUUUCACAUAUCCAAUUGGAACGAGAUAUAGUAUUUGCAACUGAUAAAGAACUUCGUGAUUUGAUUAGUCAAAAUCGAAGAAUUAAAAUCUACACUUCUGCUCAAAAACAAAGCUUUAAAACGUACUCCCAUCGAUCGCAGUUUGUACCAUUGGACCUCAGUUCGCAUUUGCACAAGAGUAUAGCACGCCUCGAACAAAAUCCACCUCCUCCUUAUUCCAAAUCUUUCGAAGAUGCGAUCACUUCAAAAGAACUAAUGAUUCGUUCUUUGCGAGUUCCGCCGCCAUGUUACUCUACUCCUAGCUGUUACACCCGGUCACUUUUAUAUGUUUCGCCUCCAGAACCGCUAAUUAUACGUUCUCUAUUGUUUUCACCAUCUUUGGUAGCUGCCACAGCUACUGCCCUCAAUUUUCCAUGUGCUAUGGUUGUUGCGACUUAUGGAGUGGAAUGCGCCGCACAAGUUUUUUUUCAUUAA